AAUUCAAAACUCACCAUGUACAAACACGUGCUUCUGCUUACGCUUCUGAUCGCCGUCAGCUUUGCCCACGACGAUGAUGCGCAUGCUCACGCGGAAGAGUCCAAGAAGGAGGACGGUCAUGGCAACUUUAAUUACAUGUACGAAAUAACCAAUGGAAUUGGCGCCAAGGAGGCUGGAGAUGAGCACCGUGUGACUGGAGGGUUCCACUUUGUGACCCCGGAUGGUAAGCCCGUGGGAAUAACCUAUACGGCGGAUGAGCACGGCUAUCAACCACAUGGCGAUGCUCUGCCCACUCCGCCGCCCACACCCGAGGCCAUUCUCAAGGCAUUGGCAUACAUUGAGGCGCAUCCGCACAAGGAGGAGCCACAGCAUCCAGUUAGCCAUGAGCAUGGUCAUGGACAUGCCAAACACUAGACUCCUGCUCGCUAGGAAGUCCAAUUCACAGGAAUUUCCCAUUUCCCGCACAUUCAAUUGCAAUUGCAUGCGUCUCCAUCAGUUGGACAUAAAAAUAAAACUUUACGACGCAAAA